GGAGGUCAUCGGCGUCAAAGCAGCGGAGAACAACCCAAUGCGAUGGUGCAAGACAGCACAGCUGCUCUGAGGGUGAAACGCAACAGAUGAGCGGAUAGACACAGCUGCUGCUCUACUGACUUACAAACGCUGCUCUGGAUAACCGGAAAGAAUGAACACAAACGACGCGAAGGAUUACCUCUCCAAACGACAGAUCCCUCACCUUUUUGAGAGUAUGUUAACAGGGCUGAUGUACCACAGGCCUGAGGACCCUUUGGCAUUCUUGGAGAGUUGCCUGCAGAAAACACGAGACCUCGGGGGUCCUGAAUGUGUGGCCUGGGACACUUUUAUUACACCUGAUCGAAAACCUCUACCACCAAUCACCCCGGCACAGGGAAAGAAAGCCCCCUGCAAACUCGACAGUGGUCCUGGUCCAGUCCCUGGACCUUACCGUCGAUAUGACAGGCUGCCACCAAUCCAGGCCCAGUUCUCCAUAGAAAGUGACUCAGAUAUGACCGAGUCCUCAGGGCUCAUACAGGAAUAUGAUGUCUUUGACCCAUCAAAACCACGACCACACAUCAUAUUCAUCAUAGGUGGCCCGGGCAGUGGGAAGGGCACUCAGACAGCUAAACUUGCACACUGCUAUGAUUACGAACAUGUGUCAGUGGGGGAAAUUUUAAGGAAUCAGUUGCUACAUCAUGCCCCCAGUGACAGGAAAUGGGAGCUGAUUGCUCAGAUCAUUGCCAACGGAGAACUGGCACCUCAGGAAACAACUAUUGAAGAGCUAAAACAUCAGUUUAUCAAAAAGCAGGAUGCUAAAGGAUUCAUUGUGGAUGGAUUCCCCAGAGAGAUCUCACAGGCGUUUACCUUUGAGGAGCAGAUUGGCUCCCCAGACUUGGUGAUUUUGCUUGCCUGCUCCAAUCAGCAGCUCCGACAGCGUCUGGAGAAAAGAGCAUCCCAGCAGGGCCGUCCCGACGACAAUACUCAUGCUAUUGAGAAGAGACUAGAUACUUUCAAACACAAUAUCACACUCAUUGCCAAGUACUACCAGGAGCGAGGACUUAUUGUAAGGAUCGAUGCCGAUCGAGAAGAAGACGACAUUUUCACAGACAUUUGUGCCAUUGUAAAGGAGAGAUUGUUUCCUAGCGACCCAAAUGCAAGCAGUACUGAAGAUCUUUAGAGGGACGUCUAAACAUCCAAACAGCUGCUGCCAUUAAAUCCAAAAUGUCAAAAGCAGCCUGCCAAACAUUUUGUUUUACCAUGAUUUUUCAUCAAUAAACUUGCGGGUCAGAAUCGAGGAUCAGGGAAAAGGGUCCAGGAAGUAAUGUAAUACACUGUAUAAUUUACACUUGUUGUUGCCUUGUAUUUCACUGUGAAUCUUCUCUGUACAACUUUUACAGUAAUUUAAUAAGAAUGACUUUUUAGAGCAGAACCUUUUCUGUUUCUGAAUUUUAAUGUUGCUUACUUGAAUAAUGUUAAUAUAUAUUUGGAGCUCAAGCCAGAAAUAAUGUGAGCUGUUAAAAAACUCACCAAAGUAUAAUACAGUGUCAAAUACAAUAAACAUAAAAUGUUUUCAAACAAAUUACUUCAUCUAUUCCUGCCAAAACACUAAAUGGAGUAAAUGAUUAAUAAUUAAUAACUAA